AUGAGCCGAUUUGGAACUUUAUAUCGUGGUUCAAGAAGAAUACCCAUGACUGCAAAAAGAGGCCAUGAAUAUUAUAAAGGUAAUCGUAGUGGUGCGAUAGGUGGUUAUCGAAUUGAUAUUAAAAAAGUUCGAAAUUUCAUUGUGCCUGAUUUGACUGAUUUUAAAAUUAAACCUUACGUGUUUACACCAAGAAAUUAUUUGUAUAUGGCAAAUAAAUAUGCAAAGGAUAACAAUUUGAUUGAUUUAUAUUAUAGACCAAAUAAUUCGAAUUCAUCCAUCACAACACAAGAACAUCAAAAACAAGUCGAUUGA